AUGGAUCUGAAAAAGCACCCUGUCAUAUUCGAACAAUCUUCUAACAAUCUUUUUCUUUUGAACAGUCGGAGUGGUCAUUCCUCGGCGUAUGAUAAGAACGUGGAGGAUGAGCUGCAUGCAAGUGCAGUACCUGACGAAGUCAUAAAGCCAGAUUCCGACAAAUAUUGGUCUCCUCAUCCACAAACAGGAGUUUUCGGCCCUUCCACUACUGAGCACACCCUCGCUGCUGAAGGUGCACGCCAGGACUCUGCUGUGCUGGAGGAGACUGCUUGGUUUCGCCCCACAAGUCUCGAGGACUCGGACAAGACUCACCAUGUUUGAGUCUCCCACUCUAUCUUUCUCCCUGCUUUUUACUGGUGUUAUGUCGUUGUAAUAAGGUUCUUUCUAAGUACACAAUCUGCCAAGUCAAAUAGUGUCCUAAAAUAACUUUUAUGUUCUGCUGCUACGUCUAUGUCGAUGGGUGUUAACGAUAAAGAUUCAAACCAAUAAAAAAUGAGGUUUGGUUUUUAA